AUGUUUGGCUUAUUUGUGGACUUUAAGAGGGCUUUUGACUCUGUCCCGCAUGUAUUGCUAUGGAACAAGCUCUUCAAAGCGGGAAUAAGUCCCAAGAUUUUUAGGAUUCUGAAAAUCCUUUACGAUCAAGCCAUAUGCCAAAUCAGAUCCGGUGGUAUGCUGUCUGAAAAAUUUGAAGUCACUGAAGGUGUCCUUCAGGGCGAGAUUCUUAGCCCACUACUUUUUAUUUUAUAUCUAUAUGACAUAGUCAAGUACUUCAGAGAGAAAAAGGCUAAAAGCAUUCAAAUCAACUCCAACUAUGACAUGAUCAUGCUACUGUACGCAGAUGACCUAGUAAUAUUGUCUGAUUCGAUCUUAAACCUGAGGAAAAAUGUUAACAUACUAGAGGAGUACUGUGGUACACACAAACUCAACAUCAACUUCAGUAAAACAAAAAUUGUACACUUCAAAAGAGGAGAUCCCAAUGAAAAAACUAAGAUCUACUGUGGAAACAACCUGAUCGAGUGGACAAACGAGUACGAGUACCUUGGUGUACCAAUAACAGGGUCUGCCCUAGGCCUAUCUGCGGCAAAUGCGGCCUGCAGAAAAGCCAGACUUGCAACAGGUGCUGCAUUGUCUUCACUCGCUGGAUUGAAAGCUAGAUCUUGGGAUGGUAUGCUUAAGAUAUACAAGAGUUGCGUGCAAAGCUCCCUUCUGUAUGCUGCUCCCGUUUGGGGUUUGCGUUACUUAGAAAAACUGAAGCAAACACAUCUCAUGUUCUUUAAACGCCUACUCGCACUUACUUAUGGGACUCCUAGUGCUGAACUGAGAAUUGAACUCAACCUUGCAAACAGCAAACUGGAGGUACUGAAACUCUCUCUAAACCUGGUCUACCAAGGACCUAAUGAGAAGAGUCAGUCAAGCUUGCGACGCCAGUCGGAAACGUGGCAUGAAUUCAAGACCUUCGGUGUUCUGGUGGAACGAUCACAUUAG